CUCGCUGGCUGUGGGAAGAACAGAGCCGAGGAAGGAGGCAGAGAGAAGAGGUAAGCCCGCGCAGCACCGCUACGGGACAACCAAGCGGGGGGACGCCGCCGCCGGGAAACCAGCCGCCGUCUGUCACGCGCAGAAUUGUGGAAUGCUGUGAAGACUCUAAGUGCCCUGCAGCAUUAGGCAGAUUACUAUCUGGAUUGUCUUCAGCACAACGAAAUUCAUAUACAAGAGAGUUCUCAGUCUUCCACAAUGAAUCCUGUUUACAGCCCUGUUCAACCUGGGGCUCCCUAUGGAAACCCUAAGAACAUGGCCUAUACAGUAUUUGGGCACCUUCAAAAUCAAAGUGCCAUAUCUCCAUCCCUUCGGAUGCACUGCUGGAUGUGUAGAGGUUAUCCAACUGGGUAUCCCACAGCUGCCCCUGCCUACAAUCCGAAUAUGUAUCCAACCAGCAGCCCUGGCUAUGCCCCAGAGUUUCAACUCCUGCAUUCAGCUAAUGCUACACUUCUGAUGAAGCAGGCCUGGCCACAGACAUCCUCCUCUUGUGCCACAGAGGGUACCUUUCACCUCCCAGUGGACACUGGGACUGAGAACAGAACUUACCAAGCUUCAUCUGCAGCAUUCAGGCAACAGUUUUCCACUACACACUUCAACUACGGUCAAUGGUACACCGCUGGGACUCCAUACAAGGUCCCACCUACCCAGAGUAACAAUGCACCACCUCCCUAUUCUCCAUCUCCAAAUCCUUACCAAACUGCUAUGUACCCCAUCAGAAGUGCCUAUCCACAGCAGAACCUCUAUGCCCAGGGAGCUUAUUAUACACAGCCUGUGUAUGCGGCGCAGCCUCACGUCAUCCAUCACACCACCGUAGUUCAGCCAAACAGCAUUCCCUCUGCUAUCUAUCCAGCCCCUGUUGCUGCACCCAGGACUAAUGGUGUGGCCAUGGGAAUGGUUGCUGGGACCACCAUGGCAAUGUCAGCAGGAACCCUGUUGACCACUCCACAACACACUGCAAUUGGAGCACAUCCAGUUUCUGUGCCAACGUACAGGGCUCAAGGAGCCCCUACCUACAGCUAUGUACCUCCACACUGGUAAACGUGAUGGCCAAUCCAUAUCUGGAGUCAAACAUUGUAUGCAACUACUCAAGUCUUACAUCGGUGCUGGAGCAACUGUACCACAGCACCAAGUCUGUUUGCAAGAACAAAACAAAAAGUGCAAGGGUCACUUUAUGCAUUCUUUAGUGUUUUUUGUAAAAGCUGCUUUUUCUAAUCUUCUGUCUCUGUUUUUUUCCCUCUUCUCCCCCCAGUCCCACCCAAAUUGUGUAACACCACAUACUGACACUGACCAGUAGCCAAGUUCUUCUCUCUUUGGUCCUCUCAUUUUAAAGCUCAGAAUAUUCACUUUUCUAUGGUGCCCCGUUCAGUGGUGCAAAGAUCCCUGUUGGCUGGUUGGUUAGUUACUUUUUGUUGUCGCCAAGAGUCUGUUUUAUUUGACCGUUAAGAGCGAUUGAUGUUCAGGGUACUAUGUGAAAAGCACAGCAUUGGUAGGCAAGUUUCUUCCAGUUUGGUUUCUUUUUUCAUUUGUUUGCUUAAUAAUAUAAAUUAUUUAAUUUUCCAUAACACAUUACAAGAAAAUUGGUGUCUUCCAGAUAGGUGUUGUGGUAGGCUAUAAUUCAUUCUCCGCAUUUAAAUACUGACCUCAUUCCUUCUUCUGUAGGAUUAAGGGAAUAUAAACCUUCUUAGCAGCAUCACACACUUGUCUUUGGAAACAGAAAGACUGUUCACCACCAGGGGUUUGUCUGCUUUUUAAAGCUGGGGGAAUAUACUCCAUACAAUGAGAACAGAGAGGUGGAGGGGAGAUACACACUGCCGCAGGAAUUGGAUCUUGUUGGGCAAACAAGUCACCCCCUGUGCCAGUCCCUGUUAAUUUCACUGUGUAACAGACAGCACGGUUCCUUUCACUUGCUAACACAGAUGUACGGUGGGCAGUUGUAAAAGGAAACAAAGGGAUUUCCAGUUGUUAGUCGUAAUAGCCUCCCCAGGGGCCAGUGAUUUGGGAAGAGAGGUGGAGAAGCUGGUGGAGAAGAGUGUUUAAGGUCGAGCUAGGAAGAAUAUAGGUCUGCCUUGCCCUACAUCCACUCCAGGCACAGAGACACCAGUGUGAGGUUGGUGGCUACAUCAAGACCUCUGUUUUUUAGUUCAAACUCACGAAUUGCACCCAAGUAUCAUGAUAUAACUUGGGUUCUAAAGCAGAUGAAAGUGUCUCCAGUCACUUUGAUUGCUUAUUGAGCUCAACUACUGUACCACUGGGCAGAUCACGACAGUAAAUGGGAGUGCCAGUCUUGUUUCUUUGAAUACAAUUUAACUCCAUAGUAGUCACAAGGAGAGCUUUAGCUGAACACAGUUUCUUACACUGUAGAGAAUAAUAGCAUUAAAAGGCAUUCACCGGUGGAUGGGAUGAUACAGGCUGCUAGAGGUCACGCCGCUUUGAACAGAAAAGAACAGGAAAUAUGGUGACUAACAUGAAGCGAUAGCAAUAAAAUUGUGGCCUUACAAGCUAAAAGGCGCUUAACUGGAGGAGAUGGAAAAAUGAGGCAACCAGUCAUUUAGUUUGGUUUAGAAACUAAAGGCAACAGGCUUGCACAGCCAGUGGGAUGUAAGCAAGUCCCUGGGUUUUUAACCCUGGAAUUACCAAAAGGGAGAGCUGGUGUCGGGUCCAUUUUGUUGGCUAUUUGUGAGGUGUCUGAGUAGAGCAAUAAAGUUUUGUGGAGGGAAGGAGGCAGGAAUACAAGUAUUUAGAAAUGAGGGGGAAGGUACCUGUGUUUUCGGUUAUUAUCCCAAAACACAGCACACAAGACAGGGGAGGGGUUAUUCUGUGUUUUGUUUUGGUAGAGAAAAAUGUUGUGUGUUUUUCUCAAGCUGUGCCAAAAGAGCUCCAUUCACCCAAGGGUGUGUCUGCAGCUCUGAUUUCUCUGGGCCUCCAGUACAAUGGUAGAGGGCCAAUCUGGAGUCAUUUUUUAAAAAAUAUCAAAUUAACAGAAGUAUUGAUGGGGAAUAAUUUCUUGUGCAGCCAGCAGGCCUGGACUCGGUUCCCAGCCCAAAUUAAUGGUGUUGGGCAAUGAUAGUCUGUGCUAACCGCUGGACUUGGAUCAUGCAUACACUGGACCUUUACCUUUAGCUAGGGGUGACAAGAGAGUGACUUACAAGGGAGACCCUGUUUGGGGCUUUCCCCCAGGUAAAGAUUCUGUUCAUCUAUGUGCCAGAUCCUAGAAUCUUUGUUUUAAAAAAUGAUCUAGGCUUUCAGCACCAGUGUAAGGCUCCAAUCUAGUUCAGCACUUACGCACUGGAGUCAUUCCAUUGAACUCAGUGGGGCUGCUCCUGUGUUUAAAGUUAAGCCCGUGCUAAAGUGCUUUCCAGCUGAGCAUCUGCAGCUCUCGUUGAAGUCAGUGGGAGCUGCUGAACCUCAGCACUUUGCAGGAGCCUGGUUUUAACUGGGGUGCGUCAGGGCUGCUUUCUCUGCUGCUGGUUUUGUUGUUGGUUUUUUAUCCUGGCCUUUUACCAGACCUAAUGGUGUGUCAGCAGCUCUAAGCCAGGAGUUUAUAUUUUGGAAGGAGCUCUUUUUAAAAGAGUCAAACUCCGCUUCUCCUUCCCUGCCCCAAAGCAAGCGAACUGGCAAAGCCAGAACACCGUCAUUUUAAUCACUUGUAUUUUUUAUUUUUAAACGAAUCGUGGGAGGGGGAGCAAAAUUUCAUAAGAAUUUAUACCGUGUGGUACUUUGUGUUGCACUUUGAUUUUGUAAAAAAGAAAAAGGAAAAAUAAAAAGAUUAAAAGGAAAUAUUCAGUGUUAACCUGUGUAGCUUUGCAAAGUCCGAUCUUAGGAUUAGUACUUAAAGGGGAAUGUGUGUUUUAACUGACGUAAUUACUGUACUUCAUUUUUUAACUGUUUGUAACUCACUGAAAUUAAAUCCAGGCAAAUAUCAGGGGGAUUUAAGAGCACUCAAAUACCCUUUUGCCCUCACUAUAUUGUAGCUUUCCUAUUGAAGUGACUACAUAUCAAGGUUCGUCUGUCAGUCGUGUUUAAACAUGCUGCAACUGAACAUGUACCAUAGAAUAAACUGUGCUAGUAAACGUGAUGGUACUAGAAUUUACCCAGUCUCAAGAGCUGUGUUAGCAUACUUUGGGCUAUGUAAACUAGUAUGUUUCAAAACAAACCCCUCUCAGAAGCUAUUGUUCUAUUUGUAUGUAGUAUACUCUGUUAAUUCUUUAAGCAGUUGCGAUAGGAUCCCUAAAAUGUCACAAUCCCCUUUUUCAUCUCUAAAAAGAAAAUACUAAGAUUUUAUUAAAAAGAGAGAAAACACUAAAUUUGAGUUUGAAAGCUUCAGUGUGCCUAACUGAGCAUAGAGGAAUCAUUCUAGAUUGACAAAUAACUCCACGGUAGUUGUUUGUUCAAAGGAUUUUUAACUUCCCCAAAUCAAAGCUCUAUAUUGCAGUGUUGAAGUUUUGAAAGUAAUUUAGGCCUAAAACUGACCUAUUUUCCAUUACUACUGACUAAGGUUCUAAAGAUAAAGAGGAGCGAGAGAUACUGAUAUGUGUUGCCAUUAAUGAAAUCGGUUGAGUGUUUUUUCUUCACUUGGAUUAAUAGCAGGUCUGUUCCAUCUGACCACGUUGUACAUGGACAGAAACCUCUGUUAGCACAAUUGGAGUGCAAAGAUGUAGAAUCUAUACAGCCUGGUAGGGAAUACCUUUGAUUAGUCACCACGUUGUAUAGUUGCUGCCAGGGUUUUAUUUAGGAUUUUAAGAACCUCAGACCUAAACAGUCACCCACAGGUACACAUUUUAUUGCUCUAUUCUGACUAGUACAUUGCAGGACACUGGAUUGCAGUGCUUGCUAAAGUAUGCAGUGGUUCAUAACAACCAUUUUGCCACUGAAACAGUCAUUGCUUGUAAGGAGGGACCCAGAUGUAAACACUCCUGAUGUUUGGAUUCUGAACCUUCUUAGACCCAGGGCCAAAUUUUGCAAAAGGGCCUCUGUCCCUAACGAUGGUUCCCAACUGAAACUCUGGAUCCACUCGAAAUCUGGAUCUAAACGUUGUGGCUUGUGCCUAUUUCCAGUUCCCAAAUGACUGGCCUCUUCAGUGAAGCCCUGCUACCACGCAGUUCUUUAAUACCUUUCCCUAGUCUGAGCAAAGGAGAAGAGAGCUCACGCCCCCUCUCAGAUAGGCAGGAGCUAUGGAAUAGGUCACUGCAGCUUCAGGCACAGAAGAAGCUUCUGGACGCCAGAGUUUUUAGUGCAAACUUGACUUAGCUGCUGAUUGACGAAAGUCACUGCCUUUUAUUGAUGCAUAUUGGAAGAUGGGGGAAGAUUAUUUGCUGAAAUAUGGUGAUAUUUGUCACCAACUUUAUAAGCAAUGAUUGUGGGUGCACUAGAUAGUUACAGUGAAAAUAGCUGCAAGGGGCUAAAUCCAGUUUAGCUAUUCCAUAACGUGCAGGACAAACAUAGGAGUGUAUUGAUCCUAGUAUAAUAAGGAACUUGCAAAACAGACCUAUCACAUGAUGGAUUUUCCUGGUGUCUGACAUCCAAGGUUAGGAGAGUGCCAGGAGAGGUGACUCUGCAGAGGAGUCCUGGGCUAUUUCAGAUCAUGAACAAGAGACCAAAUUCCAAACUCGCUUUCUCCUAACUCCCAGGACAAUAGAUUCUGCUGCAGUGCCCCCCCACACACACACUUUGCCGUUUUUUAAAUACUGUGGAUGUGCUCUUAGUUCUCUUAGUUCAAUUCCCCCGUGGAGAGAGAUCCCCACGACAAAGCGACUAGCCUGCGGAGCACCAACAAAUACCUUUGCUGGCCAUCUGCUUUGGAAGGUCUGAGAGAGGCUGAGCUGUCUGUUCAUCCUUCGAGAGGGGCUCCAGAAGACUCAGGCACACUCAUGGGGAGCAGUCUGGGGGAAGCCCGCGCUGUCACUGCUGCUGCUCAGGCUGAUGGAUAGAGAGAGGUCUUAGUCUCCAGGCUGGCACCCUCCAGCCUCGUUCAAGUUCACUUUCAAAUAAGAGAAAGGGGCUAAAUUCCACCCAACGAAAAACCCCGUGACCCCUAUUUUAGUUUCAAUAAUGUUAUGGUCAGUUGCAACACUAGACCCAGCGGGCCUGAUUCCCACUUCACAUAUAGUGGUGUAAAUUCACAGUUACUCCAUUAACUGCCAUGAAAUUACCCUGGAUUUAUACCUGCAGUGCUGAGAUCAGAAACUGACCUGCUGCGUUCCCAUCUGAUGCUGAAAUGAGGGCCUCCCAUAGCAGGGUUGAAAAGACCCCUCCUAAGUAGUAAACCAUUUGCAGGAGGCCAAAAAAACCCAGAGGACAUAGACCCAUACUGCAUCUUAGACAUAGAAGUUAGACAGAUUGAGGUGGCAACCCUAAAUGCUAUUGGAGAUCAAGACAUUUCAGCUCAAUCACAGAAUAAGAUGAAGUCUAGUAACUGCCAUGAAUGCCAGUACUGACUCCAGUCCAGGUGUCCCAAACCGAAUAGUACCCAUGGGGUUUUGCUGUCAGUGCCUAGAAGAUUUUUCUAUCUGUUGAGUAAAUCAAAGGAGUUUAGCUGUGGAGUGAAAUUACAGUAGGCUGAUGAUUAAUUUGCAUUUGCCUGGUCUCUGCCUUGAUGACAACACUUUUGGUUGUUACUGUAUCGGAUCCCAUCUGUAAACUGUUAUCCUAGAAAUAUUCCAUUGUCGUUUUUUAAAUAGAAGCAUCUGGGAAAUAACAAGGCCAAGAAACAUUCCGCAGCUAGUAAAAGUAGAAGGCAGGGGGCCUCCUUCCUGGAAGCAGGCAAGUCUUCUGCAGUGGUUCUGUUCCUUUUGUACUUGUGUUUGAUUGCUGGAAAGAGGGACCUAGUUUAAAUCAGUUAAAGAUAGAAAAGCAAGAGACGGUCCAGUAACACAUAACAAUGAAGAUAUAUUUUCAGCGGUUAGGGAAGGGAGCCAGAGCUAAUGGCUGUGCAGGUGGACUGAUUGAAAUGUGUUUUCACGUGGUAUGAUCCUGUAACAAAUGCAGAGAUUAGGACUGUGGCAGUAGUUUAAUGAGAUGAUUGCAUGAAACAUUUGUGGCAGAGAAGCAAGUCCUUGCCUGCUAUAGAGUGGUCUGGUGGUCUAAGGCUUAGUGGUUUCCUUCUAGCACAUUUGGUCUGUCACGGCUGUGGCAGUGAUCUGGAGUCUGGCUGCUGAUUCCCUGUCUAUGUGAAUUACACUUUCAUUUGGCCUGAAAGAUCCUGCCUACUAUGGCAACUUAGAUUUCAGAUACAGUCAUUAUAUGUCCACCUUGGAGGGAAAAAAGAGGCAUCGUGGGCCACUGAGUCUCAGUCUUUACUGAGUCUUAACUUAGGUGAAGCUCUCACUGAAAUCAGUGCCUGAUGAGGGACUGCAGGGUAGGCUCUGUGGCUGGGAUUCUGGUAUGGGACAGAAUUUUAACAUAGAGGCUCAGAUACCUUUACUCAUAAUGAGAAUUGCCUUAUUCCUUGAAUAGUCAGUGGGACUAAUUGAUAAGAAAGGCACUACUUGGCAUAAGCAAGGAUCUGAAAAUCUAGCCCAUGUGUGAGUUAACUGCAGUAAUUGGGAUCCAAUAUUUAACACAUGGAAUCUUUGCUGGAGCUCUGCUUAUAUAGAUUUCAUUUUGAUUGAAAGCAGUUGAGUGGAGGGACAAGCGGGUCAAAGGGCUAUGGAUUGCAUCUUUAGUUAACUGGGAAGAGGGUUAUUGUUGGACUGGUGCAGAAGGGGUUAAAAUGCAUUCACAUUUUGUGGUGAUAUGUUACCUCUGUUGUGACUGUUUUUCUCACCUUUAAAGGAUACCUUGUAAAUUAUAUGGUGAUUAAAAUCCCACGGAAACGGUGGCGAGAAGAAAGCAUUGUAAUGAAAAUAACUAUCAAAACUACAGUUAUGUCCAUUAACCAGUCCCUUAUAUACCUUUGCUUUAAGACAUGUACUGUAAUGCAAGACUUGAAAAAAUGCAUAUUAAUAGUUGUGCUGGCCCAAAUCAUUGUCAAAGAACCUUGGAGCACAUACAGAAUGUGAUUCCAGGAGACUCAGCUGUGUGUACGAGUAUUUGCUCCUGUAUUUUAUGAACAAUAAUAACUUAGUAAAUCUUUUGGCAGUUCUGAUAUGUAAUUUAAGCGCUUUUUACCAUACGUGUUAUUUAAGUUUUUGUUUUAAUGAUUGAUGUUUAUUAUUCUUAACUAGAGGAACUUUAUGGUUGAACUGAAGUUGGAUGCUUCUUUGAGCUACAGGGAGCAUUUCAGAACACAAGUCUGUGGGCUUUCAUUUCAAAUGGGAGUAUGCAACAUUUCCUAAAGUGCUAGGCAAAAACUAAGUGACCAGGACACAAUCAUCCCAAUUAAAAUGUCCAUUCCCAAGGUCUAUAUUUUCCCUUCCCAUAUAGCUAUCCCUGCUGUACAGUAAGUCAGGCUGUGUCUGUUAAAGGUGUUGGUUGAUUUCAGUGGGGAAAGCAGCCAAGUGUCAGAGAAUGUAUGAUGUGUAUAGCAUGUAUCUCACAUACCCUCUUGCACUGAAGGAGAAAUCCCCCUGAAACACACAAAACAGGGCCCCAGGUCUGCCAGCAGCUCCACGCAACAAGCCCCUUUGUCUUCACAGGGACUCCAUGCAAGCACGUGGGUCUGGGCCUGCACAGCUGCUUGCAAGAUGAGGGCCCAAGACAGAAAUGGUGUCAGAUCUGUUUUCUGUGGUAAGGUUCACAUUGAUCUAGAGUCCAGACAACAUGUUAAACAUUUCCCUGUAGACAACUCUCUUCUUGACUUCUGCAAUUCCCUAGGACUCACUGAAGAAAAAUCUUCUAGGGACUUUGGAUUACAUAUUCCAGUAUUUUAGUGCUAUAUGGACAUUGUUAGUCAGAGAAACCUAGGAGAAGAUGAAAUCUGACUUGCUGUUUUAGAAAGGAAAACCAAGCUGAAAACACAUUUUAUUUUUGUUUUUUAAAGAAAUCAACCAGCUUUAAAAUAGCAAUAAGACCCAUCAACCAUUCUGUAAUUCCAAUUUUCUUUUAUUGAAAAUAUUUUCAGUCUAAGCGAGCUCUUCAUUUCAGUUCUUACUCUCAGUCAUAGAGUUGUAAGAAAUGCUUAGACCCUACCUUGCCUUAAGGAGCAGUCUUUUAAAUUCACCCAAUUUGUGUUUCCUGACUGUUUAUUUCUCCCUAAGAUAAUUGCACUUCGUUUGGAGAGAAACCAUUAGAUGGGACCAUUUUGAUGUUAAGGUCUAAGGGCCACAUUAACAUUCCUGAGAUGAGUUGGGAUUGUGUCCAUUCUCCCUUAGUUUUCUUGGGGCUCUGCUCCCACAAACUCUUAAACACUGAGACCCACUUUGCUUGUGUGAGCAGUUCCAUUUCACUCCUUUGGACUCACCCCCGAGUAAAGUUACUCACCCGCUGGAGGGUGUGCGGGAUCAGACUCUCAGGCUGGAUGUUUUCUGUGCCAUGUGCUAUUGAAUCUGAUUUUUAAAGAAACGGCUCAUUUUCUUCAACAGAGAUUGUUUGCGGAGGGGGGCAUUUGAAGAGGCAUCUUCUGAUUGACAUUCAUGUGGGAUCGCUUAGAUUCAUUGGUAAUCAGGUAGUAAUCUGUUGUGAGGAUUAUCUCUACAUCUAUGAAAAGUGAGAGCAUCAAACUAUACAGUAUAAUUACAGCUUUUCCCUGUUGAUAAUGGUAAAUUGCUGAGUUUUUUAAAAAAUCAUUAUGUAACAUUUCAACCCACAAUAUUUCUUCUUCUUUAUAUUUCAAGAGGUUAUAGAAUUCCAUCACCCCCACCCACUCCGACUACCCACUCCCUCACAGAUCAUGACUUUUCCUUUACUAUGACUAUUAAGUAACCACGCUUGUGUACUAGUCUCUUUGGGUCCAGUCCUGUGCUAUGGUGAGUGCCUCCUAUUCCAUGGCCCUGCAGCAAACCAUCCUGGUUUAGCAAAGUGCUUAAGCAUGUGCUGAACUUUAAGCACGUGCUUAAAUCUUUUUCACUUUAAUUGGAUUUAGGCAUGUGCCCAAGUGCUUUGCUGAAUUAGGGAUUGGCUUAAGCGUUUUGCCAAACGUGGGUAACUGAGGGCUGAGGGGGCUUAGUGCCUGGUAGAAUCAGGAUCUUUGAUAGAUCAGUUCAACAAAGAUAACUGCUGUCAUCAGAUAUGGUGAGGAAUAGAAGUGGAUACAUUUUUGAUUACCGAUAGCAGCCAGCCUUAAACUUGGAUGGCUCAAGUUGUCUCUGAUUAGUACAUACUUUGUCUCCCCUCCUCCUACCACCGUUUGUAUCAUGUUCACUUACAAGCAGGAGAGAAUUCUGCACACUUUUUGCCAUUACAUUUGUGACCUAAACAUGACUGCCGAUAUAAUCCAUGCAAUACCCAGGAAUUGUUUAGAUUUCAUAGCACAUAACAGAGAAAUAUUGCUCUGAGUGUGUAUUAUUUUUGUUUGUCUUCUGGAUUUUUUUUUAUGAUUUUUUAAUUCAUGUUGAUCAACAGUACAGCUUGGAUUACCUAGUUUUUAAAUUUUAUUGGAACUCUUAAGCAAAAAAGAAAAAAAGGGAAAAAAAGG